AUGAGCAAUCUCGACAGAGAAGAACGUCAUGUUCACAAUGCAUUGCGUGCCAUCCCGAUGCUGCCUGACGGCUGGUCCUCCGCUGUGGAUAUUCAAGCCAUUUUCUUUCGUGUUACACUUGACUCGGCCACACAGUUCCUCUUUGGUAGAAGCUCCGAUAGCCAGAUUGGUACUAUGCAAAAGGAAGCAGGACAGGCCUCUGAUGAUACCUUUCUUUACGGGUUUGACCGUUGCAUGUGGUAUCUCGCGGAGCGACUCCGGUUCGAGCGGCUCUACUGGGUCAUCUACAACCGGGAGUUUCGGAAGUGCAUCAAGAUUGUGCACGGCUUUGUGGACAAAUUUGUUCACUCUGCUCUGGUGCAGGCGCAGCAGCAGGAAGAGACACCCCAGAGCAUCGAAAAGGUUCCAUCGCAGUAUGUCUUCCUGAAAGCUCUGACUGGUACUACAAGAGAUCCUAUCAUGUUGCGCGAUAAAUCUCUUAACGUUCUUCUGGCAGGCCGUGACACCACGGCUUCUUUACUGAGCUGGGCGACCCUACUUCUUGCACGGCACCCGCGCAUCUUCGCAAGAAUUCGAAGGGAUAUCCUCGUUCAAUUCGGUACUUUCGGCCAGCCACGAAACAAAAACUUUGCGUCUUUGAGAUCAUAUCAGUACCUCCAGCACUUUCUCAAAGAAACUCUUCGUCUCUACCCGAUCGUACCCUUCAACCGCCGUUGCGCGACGAAGGAUACUACGCUUCCUUACGGUGGCGAAAAAGAUGGUACAUCCCCUAUCUACAUUCAGAAGGGCCGUACAGUCAUGUACAGCACCUAUGUUCUCCACUGCCGAAAAGAUAUCUGGGGCGAGGAUGCUAAAACAUUCAAUCCAGACCGGUGGAUCUGUCGGAAGUAUCAUCUGUAG